CUGCCAGUGUCGCUCCCCUUGAUCAUGAGUGAGGCCUUACACACCUUUUCAGACAUGAAAGGUCUGGCAGGAGCUUGGUGACAGCUGCAUCCUCUGCCCAAAUAACAACUCAGAGCAAGUACUUGGUCUUAAAUCCUGUUAUUCCUGACAGUUGCUCGGGGAAAUUCAGCUUGUGUUCCAAUGCAGAUCUCAUUAGUAAAGUAAAAGUUUGUUCAGAUGUGUAAUUUGUUUGUGAAUAAUAUUAACAAUUGGCACUUUCUGACAUUGAAACAGGAAAACUGCCUUUGAAACAAUUGACCUUCUCCAGGUGGCAAGUAAAUAUAUGUGCAUUAAAAGAAGAAGACUUUAUUAAUCCCUCACAGGGAACAUUUCUUGAGAGAAAAGAAAACAGGAUUGAUUUGAUUUAUCUCGAACAAAACGUAAUAAUAAUUAAAUGAAACAUGAGAAUUAUGAUACUGUAUAAACUUAAGCAGUAUUAAAUUGAUAAACAAAAAUAUUAUUGACUUACAAAUUAUAUAUAAACAAAUGAUCUACCUAAUUACAUAUCCGGGGUCUUGAUUUAUACAAAUAACAAAGAUGUAUCUCCAAAAAAAUUAUCUGUAAGGCUGUCUUGGUAAGUUAAAAAUAGUGUUGUUUUUUUGACUGCUUCACUUCCAGACUGAAGACACACGCAGGCCUGACUUGCCGGAGAGGUGUGAGGCUCUCAGGUGAAACAGCAUCCUCUCAAUCCUUCAUUAGACAAAUCACAUCAAACUGAUAAUUGUCGUAGUGAAGACUUUAAAGAGUAAUUUCACACACAAGGGAAUCUAAUUAUUGUUCUUUCCAUCACAUUAUCCGUCGAUUUAGCCUUAUUCACACCCCAGUGAUAACGAACCUUCGGGAAGGUCGCAUUUUGGCACUUGGGGUUUUCUUUGAACUUUUUUUCGCCUGAGCUGUGAACCCAUAAAGCUCCGGAGAUCUGCUUCUAUAUAAAAACUCCUUGCAGAAAAAUCUCCUUCACAGAACCUGUCAUUCACCCCUGAUGUCAUCCUCGCUGCACGACUGUCGGGAAGGAUAUUUCUAACAUGGACAUGGAUGUUGUCACAGCUAAAAUGCUGUCUGAGUGGAAGAGCCAUGAGGGUGCGUUUGGAGAAGAUCAUGACUCACUUCAGUCCACUUCCCCGGAGUCCUCCAUAGACUCCAUGUGCUCUUCCCCGGAGAUGUGCUUCUCCAGCGGCAGUCAGGAGAUGAAGGACUGCCCUUACGGAUUCCCGGAGCGCAGAUCCUCUUCCAAAGCGCAGAGGCAGGGCAAGCCCAAGAUGUCCACCAAGAGACGCGUGAAGGCCAGCGAGAGGGAGAAGAUGCGGAUGAGGAGUCUUGCAGAGGCUCUGCACCACCUCCGGGACUACCUGCCGCCGGACUACAGUCAGACAGGCCAACCCCUGACCAAGAUACAGACUCUCAAAUACACUAUUGAAUACAUCAACAAGCUUUCAGACAUUCUGGGCCGCGCGUAACGGACGCAAAUUUACUUUUUACGCAUAAGGUUUACUCUGACCUGGACAUUUAAUGGAGUUAGUUUGAUAUAUUCGAUGAGUAACACAACAUUUUUAAGUGAACUUUAACAUUUGAUUUAAUUAAAUUGCUCUCUUGUUCGCCCUUCUCGUGAUGUAAAUAUUGUUUAUUGGGCACUUGACCAUUACUUUGUAUAUGAGGCUGCCUUUGUUGGAGUUGUGAAUUAAAUGUUUGGGAAUAUAGUUUGCUGAUUGUUAUAUGUGUAUAUGUUUUCCCCUUGGUAUGAAAUGUAGCUUUACUGAUGAAGGUGUUCUCCUAUUAGGCCCACCUUGUUUGUGUAUCGUGUGAGCAGAGAACUUAGUGAAACCUCAUCAUAUUUGUUAUAUGUUGUUGCUGUUUGUGUUAAAGUUUAAGUAGCUUCAUAAUAGCCUAUAUUAAAGUUGUGUCUGAAAGCUAUAUAA